AUGAUAGUCUUUGGUUUAAUGACUAUUUCAAAUGUACGUCAUUCUCGAAAUCGUAUUUAUCAUUCAACGGCACAUGUAUUAACUGUCAGUCAAUCAAAAUCAACAAAACGAUCGAAUAAAGCUGAUCAUCAUCUGUUGGUAAUACUUUUUGUACAAGUAAUUCUUCUUGGUGUAUUGGCAAUUCCAUUAUCUAUCGAAAAAUUAUAUUCAACAUUUACAUCCGAAGAAGUUAAAUCUAAUUUUCGUGUAGCUAUGGGAAAUAUGCUUUAUAAUUUUGUUGAGGGUGUGGGUGUGGAUAUGAAUAUUCCUCUUAUCUACCGAUAUCCACCAUUAAUUGUUCGUCAUUGUGUUCUGCAAGGAUAUAGAAGAUCUUAG